AUGGACGAUCCGGGUAAGCCACGCCGUCUCGUCAACACGCCUCCUCCGGGUAAAUUUCGACCCAUAUAUCUUGACUCAGUCGACUCUGAGAGUGCCGAGGAGUCCGAAUACCGCACGGAUGAAGAUGGCGACUACGAAGUUGACUCAUCUCGGAUGAACCCAACUCUCACCAACACCAGCGCCACCCCACGCGCCCACACCUUGCGUCCCACCCUGACCUUGGCUCCCAACCGCAGGCUCCAACUUCUUACCGACUACCACCAGGAGAACCAGCACUACACCACGCUCCAUGAACUCGUCAAGGCCUUCAACCGUAUCCGCCCUAUCUGGUUCAACCAGCUUCCUCCUCGCCUCGACGUCGCCCCAGCUUCCACAUUCGUGCACCGAGCCCCAACGGCGCGCGAACUCGCAGCGCAGGACCCGGGCCCUGCCGCGGUGGCCAUGGCGGCGCGAGCGGACAUGCUGGAUGUCCUUGUGGCGGAGGUUGCGCAGUCAUAUCGCGUGAUGCUCCGCUUUGUCACAGACGUCCAAACGGGAACCGUUGACCAUGCAACUCUUGGCCGCCUCGUGGAAGCUCAGUACGCCCGAGGUGUGCUUCCGUUCACAGCUGCUUCAUCCGCCUCAGAGUCUGAAGACGAAGAGGACAACUCUUCCGAGAUCCAGAAGAGUCCGAGUCCCGAGACCGUUGAACCCUCGCCAGUCGUCUGGUCCUUCUCACCGAUGGCAUUGCCACCCUCCCAACAACAGCCGCACUUGAUGGACGAGUCGUACGACGAUGACGACGAGGCCCUUCGUCUGCUGCCUACUAUCGCGCAGGCUCGUCGCAUGUCUACACCAGUUCUUCCGAUUGGUCCCGACCUGUCCCCAUCGAGUCAGAUGGCGCUGGCGCUGAGCGAGGUCGACAGCGGCCUGCUGCCGCUAGGCCCCUCGCUUCCUCCACCCCAGUUCAACGGUGGCGUUUGGUUCGACAAUCCUUACCAGCUGGCUCCCCUGUGGGCCACGCCACCAGCCGUCUUUCCGGGACGAUCGCCAAGCCCGGUGGGUUCCCAGUUGUCGAUGAGCAGCCCAACUUACCUCACAUGGGAGACCCCCCGGCCUACCCUGCAAUACAACUAUGAGCCGAUUAUUCCGUUCUCGACCAGUAGCGCCUCAGCGACGCCUACUAUUCCUCCGCGCUGCUUCGAAACCGCGCCGGUCGCCAACCCCGAGCCCCUCCGUCCAGCGACAAACAGGCUCGGCCAGGUCAGCGCUCCUCCUCCCCACCCAACGGCUGGGACCACGAUUGCCCCCAUACCGGUCCCUGUACCCAACACACCGCGCAGCACCGCCCGCAACAUCACCUACGGCCCACCCGUGAACCUAGAUACGCCCGAACAGUUUCGAGCUAGGCACGAGUUCAACCUCAAGGCGAGCGAAGUUUUCGCCGAGUAUGUGCUCCGCAACAAGGCCGCAGCUGAGCUAGAGGAAGAACUCUGUGCUUGCCGCCAGCAGGAGGGAGCGGCGCUAGUUCUGGGCCAGGCCCCGCGUGACCGGCCGAAGCUCGAGGACAACGUGAUCGCAACAAGUCUCCUCGCACAGCCCCCUUUGGUUGAGCCACCCCCGACCAUUGCUCAUCAAGCUCCAUCCCGCAUGCCAGCACCCAUGCCGAUAGCGGAAAGCUCCAAAACUGGCGCCAAAGAGAUCGUCCGGCCUCUGCCAGGGGGGACCCACGAGUCCUAUACCCCUGCCCCAGGUAAUAGUGGCUGGGGUGGAGUUCGUCCAAUCCAGCCUGCACAGGACUUGCUAUCUACCCGACAUCUACCUGCGGUACGGCCCACACCUGAGGAUGAGUCUGCCAAGACUCGGAAGCGGCGGCAGAGGCCCCGCGUCGUCGGAGGUGCAGGUCCGCCACGUUCAUCGUCAUCGCCUCCCGAACGCACCUCUGCUCGGUACACACCCGCAGCGCCUGUGGCCCGUCCGGCUCUAGACAUAACCCGUGCGAGCCGCGCCCAGUCAGAGGCUCCUCCGAGGCGGUUUUGGGACCCCCGGAAUGCCAACGACCGGUCGCCCAUCAAGGCCGACAAACCUCCUCAACCUACCCCGAAGGAGAUGAUAGUGGACGACGGUACCCGGCCUCCUUAUCCUGCACAGUUUUGGGCCGUUGGUCAGCCUCGACCAGUUCCCCGGAUCGGUUCUAACGCCAAUGAGAAGAAACGACCUGCAUCACCUGGCACGCAGGAGCCCCCGGCUAAGCGCAAAUCGACUCUCUCGCCGAAGCCUGGACCAGCCAGGCGACUGGCUGUCCGUGGUCGCGGACAUUCGUCUUCUAGCCGGAGCCUGGAGUUGGACUCAUCUCCUCAGAGUGGCCCAUCUACAGAGCGUACAUCAGUUCCCAUCAUCAACCCCACGCGCCCUCAGGUUGACCAGCGCCCUCAGGUUGACCAGCGCCCUCAGGUUGACCAGCGCCCUCAGGUUGACCAGCGCCCUCAGGUUGACCAGCGCUUUCCCCCUUCUCCCCGGCAGCGCGUUCCCAAUAUCGACCUCAUGCCAACUGGGGACCGUGUGUCGAGUACCGACCGUGCGAUCCUCGGUGACGGCGACCACGACAACCGCAAGGCGUACACGAAGGACAAAAAGGACACACUCCUCGAGCAGACCACGGCGGCUGCUGCAGUCGCCAAGACUGUUGCGGUUGCGCCCGUAGCGCGCUCACGUCGGAGUACUGCCCCACUCGCUCCCUCUGCAGGCAUGGCGCCAGGUGCCCGACGCCGACGUCCAGGCCCCUCGACGAUUAUCGACGUUGGUCGCACCGCCGACUCAUUCCAGCCGCCAGAGGCACUUCCCUUCUUCCCUACUACGGCUAGACAGCUCCCCGUGCCAUCAGGCCGUUCUACCUCGUCGGCGGGUACGUCACGCCCAACAGUACCCUUUCCCGGUCCCGUCGAGCGCUCAAAUGGAGCUGGUCCGACUCGGACUCGCGCGAGCUCCGCGACCCCAGCUCUGCCACCACCUGCCGAAGCCGCAGCCUUUGAGUCCCCUAUUAAGCGUCGCUCAUCCAUACGCAUCAAGGAGCGUGACACCAAGAGGCAGCGUACGGACGAGCAACGUACGGAAGAGCAGCGUACUGAGGUGCCACGAACAGAGGAGUCAGACCAACCUGAAGCUGGACCUAGUCGACGUCGCCGCACGAGCUUGAUCUCGAAGAUCUCGGGCGCGGCAAAGGAGGCGGUAAAGAAAAUGGGCAAGAAGGACUACAGGAAUAAGCCCAUGUAG